AUGACAAUGAAUCAUCAUCGUCGAAUAGUAGUACCCGGUGCACCAAAUGAUGGUUCCAAUGCAUUAUUAAAAUAUUUUUUUAGUCAUGAAGGUUGUCGAAUAUUGAGUACAAUUGUUACUGAUGAAUAUAAAAUUCUUCAAGAAACGAAAAAAAUUCUUGAAAAACGUAUUUCACUCGAUGAACAAUAUGCAAAAAAUCUUCAAGAUUUAACAGCAAAUGCAGAUAGAAUUAUAUGGCCCGGAGGUACACAUCCAAUUGCAUCGGUAUCUCGAGAUGUUCUUCUACGAUGGUCUUAUUUAGCAUCAACAAUUAGUACACAAGCUGAACAAUUUCGAAAAAAUAUCAUCGAUGAUUUACUUAAAGAACUUGUUGAACAUAAAAUUGAUUCAAGAAAAUAUUUCGAUGAAGAAAAACGACGAUAUGAUGGUGAACAUCGAAAAGCUCAAAAUGAUGUACUCGAUGUUGAAAAACGUUAUUCAGAUGAUAUUAAAUCAUAUUUAACAAAAAAUAAUGAAUUAACAAAACUUCAAAAUAAUGCAAAAAAAGGUGAUGAUUCUCGAAUAAAACACUUGAAAGAUAUAGUUAUUGAUAAACGAAGUAAUCUAUAUCGUACACAUAAUGAAUAUAUCUAUAAAAUUCGUGAAUAUAAUUUUAUUGAUGAACAAUAUGUUCGAAAAAUUCGAAGUUUAAUUAAUUAUCAUGAAGCAAUUCAAGUGAUUUUAAAUAAAUCAUGGCAAAAUGUACUUGAUGCUGUAGCUAAUUAUUAUUCGGAAGAUUCAGUAGCAGCAAUCAAACAAUCACGACAACUAAUAUCUUCGAUUAAUCCAUAUCAUUCUUACGACGAACUAUGUACCAUUUAUUCCCAUACUCCUCCGAUCACACCGAGUCCUCAGGUAUAUAAUAUGACACUUUUUCAAGCAACAUCUCUUACAAAAGUAAAAUCAGAUCAAUUUGUUGUUGAUAAUUCAACAAAACAAGAUUUAAAACAAAGAAUUGAAAUAUUAACUAAUAGUAUAAAUGAAUCGAUUCCUAUACUAGUCAAUUUACCUAGAGAUAAAAUUACGUAUGAUGUACGGAAGAAAUUCUUUGAACAAGAACAACAAACAAAUUAUUUACGGGCGAAGAAAAAAUGGGAAGAACAAUUACGAAAUGAAUUUAAAUCAGUUUUAAAAGAUGUUGGAUAUAGAUCCGAUGAUAAUGAAUCGAAUUUAGAUUCUGAUGAUGAUGAUUUAACUGAUCGUCUUGAAGAUCAAGCAUACUUUCAUGGUGUUUUACCACGUACUCAAAGUAUUAGUCAGUUGAAAGAAAACGGAGAUUAUUUAGUUCGUAAGAAUGAACAAGGAAAAAUCGUUUUAUCAAUAAUGUGGAAUGAUAUACGUAAUCCAAAUACAUUAAAACAUGCACACUUUUAUAUUAAUGAAGAUAGAAACAUGUAUUCAUUACAACCAGGUGGAGUUUCUAAAGCAUCAGUUAAUGAAUUAAUAUCAUUUUAUAAAAGACAAAAAUUAACAUUACGAGAUGAUGGAGUACGAUUAAUUCGUCCUAUAACAAGACCAGAUUAUAUAGUUAAUAACGAUGAUGUUCAUAAAUUAGAAGUCAUAGGAAAAGGUCAUUUUGGUGAAGUUGUACGUGCUGAAUAUCGUGGUGAAUAUGUUGCUGUAAAAAUUCUUCAUCCAUCAACAACGGAUCGAAAUGCUGAAGAUCGUAAAAAUUUUAUAAAAGAAGCACUUUUACUUCAACAAUAUAAACAUAAAAAUAUUGUUAAAUUUCUUGGUAUUGCUGCAAUACGUGAUCCACUUAUGAUUAUUAUGGAACUUAUUGAACAGGGAAGUCUAGAUAAAUAUUUAAAAAAUAAUGAUUUACGUCUUUCACAAUUAAUUCAAAUGUGUUAUGAUAUUGUCAAAGGAAUGGAAUAUUUAGAACAAUGUAAUAUUAUUCAUCGAGAUUUAGCUGCUCGGAAUUGUUUAGUUGAUAGAAAAGGUCGAAUAAAAGUAGCUGAUUUUGGUUUAUCAAGAUGUUUACAAUCUGACGAAGAAUAUUUUUGUCAAGUUAAAACAAUUCCAGUACGUUGGUGGGCUGUUGAAGUCUUCUCAAAUGCACCAUAUACGAAUAAAUCUGAUGUUUGGUCAUAUGGUGUAACUGCUUGGGAAGUUUUUUCAAAAGCAGAUUUACCUUAUUCACAUAUACAAUUUAAUCAUACAGUUAUAAAUGCUAUUAAAAAUGGUGAACGUUUGAAACAACCUGACCGGUGUCCAGUAAAAAUUUAUACGAUUAUGGCAACAUGUUGGCAACUUGAUCCACAAGAUCGUCCAAAUUUUGAAAAACUUGUUGAACUUAUAAGAAAAGAAAAAACUUUAUUUUAA